AUGCAACACCACCUCCUUCUCUGCAUGCCCAAGGCUCUGCCCGUGCAGCGCCCAAGCGUCAUCGCGUGGAACCAGCUCCACCCCGACAGCCUCCUCUACGCGUACUUCGCCCACCUGUACUAUGGCGGCGACGACCUCCUCCUCGGUCGCGACGACGCCAUCGCCUUUGUGCACGAGUUUGCCGUCGAAGUCACUCGCCAAGGCGGCGUCAUGGACGACGUCAACCUCUCAGAAGGCCUCAACGCGCUCACGCGCUCGGAUGGCCGCAUCAGCAUGGCACGCUUGGUCGAAGAGCUCUGCCUCCUGCUCGUAUAGCCGCCCACUCAAUC